UGAGACAGAAGUUUGUAGGGCAUAGGGGUGAGUGAGAGUGAGGGCGAGAGGAGGCAGCUCUCAUUUCGUCUUCCUCCUUUGCUCCUCGUGAUGUGCGCGCAUUGCUGCUGCUGCCGCUGCUCAAGCUGAGCUGAGGUGCUGCCUGCCGCUCUCCCCGUUUCAACUCUUCUCCAAAGAAAACCCACCACCAUUUCUUCCCUUCUCUCUCUCUCCAGAUACGCCUCCUUGUCCUACUCGUCGGCGCUCCAGGCGGCUAAACCCUAGUCCCGCCGCCGCCGCCGCUGCCCCUGCGGUUGUCCUGCCGGGCCCCGUGAUGCCGGUUCUUGAUCCGGGAAAGCUGCCUCUUUGGUCACCAAACUGCAGGCACCCACUGGUCCUAACCUGAGCCGCAUCAGCCGUUGGACGGCCUCCCCCCAGAUGCGCCUGUUAGUUGUAAAGCAGCAUGAGUUAAUGCUCUACUAGGCGCAGCUCCGGGGGCAGCAGAGAGGGCUUUGAGAAGAUGGGUUCUUCAGGUUGCUCGGAGAUAGUUGAAUUGGUUGACGAGAUGAAAGAUGCCCGUCCUGGUGGCGUCACCCACCUGAGGGUGAGAGUGAAGCCGGUGGGUGAGGAGCAUGGAGCGCGGUCGUGCUCCGUGGAGGAUGAUCUCGACCGGCUCAUUAGAUCGAUUAAUGUGCGCACAUCCGCGCGGGCUUCUGGGCAGACGAGCACGGAUAGGAGGCUUAUUGCGCUCGGGAAGUCGCCGAUAUCGAGCUCAGAGAUUGUUGAGUCGGUGAGCCUGAAACAGGCCCUAAGGAAGAUGUGCAUCACGCAGGCGUCGGAGAUGGCUGCCAUGAAGAGGAUGUCAAAGCCGACGGUGGUGUCAAAUACUACCCCAGAAGCUGGGGCAAUUAAGAAGCUUUAUGCGACUGUUGUGGUUCAAACCGACGAGGAGCAGGAUGAAAAGAAUAAAUUUGGAAAAGUGUCUGUUUUGCCUGAGAAGGAUGUAGUAAGUUCAUUGGUGAAGUCAACGGAAGGUAAAACUAAGGUACGGAGCAAAAGCCCAGCUAAGAAAAAUGUACGUUCAGCAUCUCCAACCAAAACAAAGGUGCAGAAAACCAGAAUCCAAGAUGUGAUCAGUAAUAAGUCAUCUGAAGGGAUUGAAGAUCCACCUAUGGUAGCAAAACAGAGAAGGGGCAAAUCAAAAACAUCUAGUAGCCCCCGUGCAGUUCCAGUAGGCGGUUCACGCCUGGUGUUCCGGAGUAAAACCUCCACAAAAAAGAAGGUUAAACCCGAACCAGCUGCUGCAGUGCUAUCCCAUAAGCCUUGUGAUGCAAAAGGUUCAAAUUCUCAUGCUAAUAAGAAGCAAGAGACCCUUCAGGAUGAACCCAAAACUCCAGCGCCAAUCAACAAGAAGAUUGCGGUUAGUUCCAUCACCGCUGAUGUAGCUGAUUCAGGAACCAAGGGAUGUGGUGUUGGUGGGAUCCAUGGUUCAAAGCCUGGCGAGUUGUCAAGAUCGAAGGAAAAAGGAGAAUGCUCCCAAAGCUCAAAAAGCAGCAUGGGUGAUUAUAGCACCAGCACAAGCAUCAGCGAUGACAGCUAUGGUAGUUUCAGUGCUAAUGGCUGCAGGCCUCACAUGUCAAAAGAUGUGAGAUGGGGAGCCAUUAGGCACAUGGCAAUCCAACAAGGGAACCUGGGACUGAAGAACUUCAAGCUUCUCAAACAACUUGGUUGUGGAGAUAUUGGCACUGUUUAUCUAGCUGAAUUGGUGAGUUCAGAAUGCAUGUUUGCAUUGAAAGUUAUGGAUAUUGAAUACCUGAUAAGUAGAAAAAAGAUGCUUCGUGCACAAACUGAGAGGGAGAUCCUGCAAAUGCUUGACCACCCGUUUCUUCCAACUCUGUAUUCUUAUUUCACAACCGACAAUCUGUCCUGCCUAGUCAUGGAGUAUUGCCCUGGUGGUGACCUACAUGUUCUAAGACAGAAACAACCUACCAGGACCUUUUCAGAAGCUGCUGCUAGGUUUUAUGUUGCUGAAGUUCUUCUCGCGUUGGAAUAUUUGCAUAUGUUGGGGGUCAUAUAUCGCGAUCUGAAGCCAGAGAACAUACUUGUUCGUGAAGACGGGCACAUUAUGCUCUCUGAUUUCGAUCUGUCCCUGAGGUGCUCAGUAAAUCCAAUGCUUGUAAGAGCCUCAUCAGUAGGAAGAGAUGAGCCUAGUAGACCUUCUGGGCCUUGUGCGGAGAGCUGCAUUGAUCCCCUGUGUAUCCAACCAUCAUGGGCCAAUUCUUCAUGCUUCACGCCUCGACUGGUUUCUUCUACCCCAUCCAGGGCACGGAGGCCCAGGGGCGAGCCUAUGAAGAAACCAUCACUGCCACAACUUGUUGUUGAGCCAACUGAUGCAAGGUCAAAUUCAUUCGUUGGUACCCAUGAAUAUCUUGCCCCGGAGAUCAUUAGAGGAGAUGGACAUGGUAGCUCGGUUGACUGGUGGACUCUUGGCAUCUUUCUCUAUGAAUUACUCUAUGGCAGGACACCAUUCAGGGGACCUGGGAAUGAGGAGACGCUGACAAAUGUGGUCUCGCAGGGACUGAAGUUCCCUGAUAACCCCGCUGUCAGCUUCCAUGCACGGGAUUUGAUCAGAGGGUUGCUUGUGAAGGAUCCAGAGUACCGGCUAGGCUCAACGAAAGGAGCCGCUGAGAUCAAGCGGCAUCCUUUCUUUGAAGGCCUGAACUGGGCGUUGAUCCGAUGGACCGCACCGCCGGAGACUCCGAAAAGCUUCGACGCAGCAAGCCUCACGACGGCAGCACGGAAGAAGAAGGAAGGCAAGUGCCUGGAGUUCAGGCUGAAUGGAGACGAUAUCGAGUUUGAGCUCUUCUAG